GGCCCUGGAUACAGUAAUGACCAGGUAGUAAUUGUCGCCAUCUGGUGGCGCGGUUCUGAGCGAGAGAACAGCAAACCGUGAACAUGGCAGGAAAGUCGAAGCUCCUGCGGUGGCAGAACUGCCAGUAGCGAUGGUGGCGACUGGCCGAACGUUGUGUGUGUGUUUUGUUGCUGGUGCGAUGCGUCUGCUAAAUCUCGAGUACGUUUCGUAAAAGAGUGUGAGGAAGGAAAGCAGUCAGCUGGCACGGACGGUUGCGAGACGACCAAGAAACGAGCAACGCCGAAGCAACGAACGGGGAAAAGAUCGAGAGGAGCGAGGGAGACCGUUUAUAUCCCGUGCGACAGAAAAAAGGUUACGAGGGGCGGAUCGUCGGUGGUAAGGACCGUCCGCGUUAAAAGUGAUAAUACUCGUUUGGAAAAACGAUGGCGUAAGUUGUCGAGGCCGUGUCGGGAGGACGUGCCGUGUACCGUGGCUGUGGAUCGUUUUGUCAUUUCUCAUCCUCGGUUUCCGUUGCUUCUCGCAUAUGAUUCGGCUGCUCCGAAAAGUCGCGCGCGCGAACAACGGAGCGCGUUCACAAGGUAACGCGAGUGAAAUCGGAGUCGAGUGUGUGCUAUGCUGUAUCUAGGUGGUACGCUGGCUGAGUGGUGAAAUAUAUUCGUAACGUCGGCCAGAUAUCUUCGAUCACCGGUGCGUCAUCGAGCCUUGCCUCAUAUAUACGUGCCAGGCGUUAUCUUUCGUCCUCGCAUCGUGUUAACCCGUGUCCUGUUGCGACCGCCGGAGCGACAACCGCUCCGAAACCGCUACUUCCUCGCGUCGUCGCGUCGUUGUUUUGUUUAUUGUUGUUCGCACGUACGCGCGAGGUGGUGCCAAUAUACCUAGCCAGCGGCUUCCAACUGUGAGAGAAGAAUAUGGUUACGAUGAUCAGUGACACGUACGGAUACGUUCCCUUUCUGCUGUUGCUGUUGCUGGUACCUUACAUCGAGAGCGCACGUCGAUUGAACGAAUAUAUCCACCACUACGAACCACUCUCCUACCCUACGGAAGAGAUCCACCGAAGUCACCUAAGGGCCAAGAGGUCGGUUACCCGCGACAAUUCCGUCACUCUGAAGUUUCGGUCGCACGGAAGGGACUUUCACAUUCGACUGAAGCGGGACCUGACUACCUUUAGCAAUAACCUAAUUAUCGAGGGCCCUUCCGGCGAAGCGGAGGACCUCGACACCUCGCACGUUUACCAAGGCCACGUAGUUGGCGAGCCUGGCAGCCACGUGUUCGGGAGCAUCAGCGACGGUGUUUUCCACGGGAAAAUCAUUUCGCCUCGCGGUGGCGCGUGGUACGUGGAAAAGGCGCGCUAUUACUUUCCACCGCACGAGAUAAACGACACGUUGCAUUCCGUAAUCUAUCACGAAAAUGACAUCGGCGAUCCGUACGCCCAUCUUCGGAAAGGCGAUGCAGGCGGCUGCGGUGUCACGGAGGACGUGGUGGAGUGGAUGGACAGAAUUCAAAAUUCUGGCCAGGACGUUCCGCCUCCGACGGAGACCGCAGACGUCAAGAAAGCCGACCCGCAGCAGGCGAAUUCAUGGAACGCCAGCCCGGAACCACCUGGUCACAAGUACACUCGAGAAGCUAACGAAGCUAGUCAUCGAAGAACGCGGAGGGCGGCCAGGCCGAAGGAGGAUAACAAAAACACUUGUUCCCUUUUUAUUCAGACUGAUCCCCUUAUAUGGAGACAUAUAUCCGAGCAGUUGCACCACGACGUGGAGAAAACCAAAGAGGAGAUCCUGUCGCUCAUCGCGCAACACGUCACUGCCGUGAAUUACAUAUACAGGGACACGAAGUUCGAUGGUAGAAUCAAGCAUAGGAAUAUCAAAUUCGAGGUUCAGCGGAUAAAGAUCGACGACGACACGGCGUGCACGCCUCAGCAAACAUACGGUGAACCUAAUCCUUUCUGCAUGGAGAACAUUGACGUUAGUAACUUUUUAAAUUUGCAUUCCCUCGGUAACCACGAAGACUUCUGUCUCGCCUAUGUCUUCACGUACAGAGAUUUCACCGGAGGCACCCUCGGGCUCGCUUGGGUCGCCUCAGCUUCCGGUGCGUCCGGCGGUAUAUGCGAGAAAUACAAAACGUACACGGAAACGGUGGGUGGAAUGUAUCAAUCCACGAAAAGAUCCUUGAACACGGGGAUCAUUACUUUUGUAAAUUACAACAGCAGAGUUCCUCCGAAAGUGUCGCAAUUGACGUUAGCUCACGAGAUAGGACACAACUUCGGAUCACCUCAUGAUUUUCCUCCCGAAUGUAGACCGGGUGGGCUACACGGAAAUUAUAUUAUGUUCGCCUCGGCGACCAGUGGGGAUCGGCCGAAUAAUAGUAAAUUUUCGAGAUGUAGUAUCGGAAACAUCAGCAACGUUCUGGAUGCCAUUGAAGACAACAAGAAAAGGAACUGUUUCACUGCGUCUGCUGGGGCAUUUUGUGGCAAUAAGAUCGUCGAGGCUGGGGAGGAAUGCGACUGUGGAUAUGACGAUGACGAGUGCGUGGAUAAGUGUUGCUAUCCGAGACAGUUGUCGGAGCUGGACAGAAUAAAGAACGAAACUGCGAAGGGUUGUACCAGAAAGUUUGGAACGCAGUGCAGUCCCAGUCAAGGGCCUUGUUGUUCGAGCGAGUCAUGCGAAUUCGUGCCGCUCUCCAAGGGUAUUCAGUGUAAAGCAGAAUCCGAUUGCAGUUACAAUUCGACUUGCAAUGGGGCAACAUCCGAGUGUCCUCCGCCUCAGCCAAGAGCCAAUAAGACUAGGUGUAACGAAGGGACACAGCUGUGCAUCAACGGGGAAUGCACAGGAUCGAUUUGCUUGGAAUGGAAUCUGACGGAAUGCUUUUUGACGAGCAACGUGAUUCCGAAUAUCGACAAACGGAAGCUGUGCGAAUUAGCUUGCCAAAACGGAACCGAUCCAUCCAGUUGCCGCAGCACCAGCGAGUUUGCUCACGUCGUUGGUUUGCCCGAAGGUGGAAUUAGUCUUCGACCUGGAUCGCCCUGCGAUAACUUUCAGGGUUACUGCGACGUAUUUUUGAAGUGCAGAGCAGUGGACGCGGAGGGCCCGUUAGCUAAACUGAAAAAUCUUUUAUUUAAUAAAGAAACAUUGAUCACGGUAGCGCAAUGGGUGACUGAAUACUGGUGGGCGGUAUUACUAAUAGGCAUAGCGUUCAUUAUUUUCAUGGGGUUGUUUAUCAAAUGCUGCGCCGUGCACACUCCUUCCAGUAAUCCUAAGAAACCACCAGCGAGGCGGAUUAGCGAUACUUUGAGAAGGCCGAUGAAUACGCUGAGGAGAAUGCGGCAUCCACACGGUGGAGGAGGUGCUGGCCCCAGAAGUAUACCUCCGAGGCAAACCCAAGGAGGCCACAGUGGAACUCGAGGACCCUCUCAUGGUUAUGGAGAGGGCAGAGGUGCGCAGUAUUACCCAAAAGCAGGCUAUCGCUCGGUUCCCACAGCUAGUGCGCCAGCCGGUAGCAGCGCAGCACCCAACUACGGUCGUUCCAAUCAUCCAGAACUGUAUGCAGGCGCCUAUUCGGGUUCCGGCGGAGGUGGCCGGGCCGCAGCCUACGAGAUGAGGCAUCACAACAAGGUGUGACGAUCCUAGAGAACCGCGGACGAGGAAUGGUCUCGGCAUCGUCGCACCCUAACUUCACUCUGUAUAAUGCCAAACUGUGAAAACGAGCCGAUCCACCACCCUACGUGGUGCCCCUCGUAACCAAGGGUUCGAAGGAAGAAUGGAAGAGCGUGCGAUCGUGUGCAAUCGACAGUACCGGCGAUCGCCGAUCAACGUUACUCUUUUUUUUUUUUUGUAAUUCUUUUUCUUCUUAUUUCGAUACGUGUAAUUCACGGCAAUAGGGAGUUCGUGGGUUCCGCGAUUGCAAAUUUGGUGAAGUGUGCUAGGAUCAAUGGUGAUAUACAUGUUUGGGGAGUGGGUGGGGGGGGGGGUGUUCAUCAAGCUGAUUCAACGAUUCAGCGAAGUGCUAGGAAAAUCGACGUUUGCGAAAACGACGGGACGAAUGACAGCGUUGAGUAUUUUAAAAAAAAAAAAAAAAAAAAUCAUAAACUUACGAAUCUUUAGUAAUCUAUAUUAUCGUACACUUUUACGUAAUUCGUCUUUUAAAUGUUUCCCGCAGAUUCCUCCGCGUUGCCAUUAAGUAUUCGCGUUUUGCGAUCGUUCGGAAAAAAACAAUAAAAAAAAAAAUAGAUCGGAAUUAUUGCAAAGCUGUAUUCGAAAGAACUUUCUCUGUUUCGCGAAAUUCUUUCACGUUGAACGGGUGUCGAUCGAUGAUCGAGUCGUUUUUCAAACGAACAACGCUGGAUUCGCACAGCAAGUGAAAUCUUAUGGUACUGAACGUAGCGUAUGUUUGCCCGUUCGAUGUAUGAACAUUUUUAUGGCCAAGAUUGCAUAGUAGCGUUGAUGCAUCGAUUUCUUGACGGAAGUCGUGAUUGCGCAUGUUUCGCUCCCGAAAGCGUGUUUUCUUCUAUUGUUUUUUUGUUUGCUUUUUUUUUUUUUAACAAAAAUGAUCAAUGAGACUGUUCGUUAGAAGAAGAAGGGAAGUUCAAUGGGAGACAGGAGACGACAAUAUAUAUUUGGAAUAAGUGUUAGGAUGAUAAACGUAACUUUUGAAAAGCUCCCACUGAACGUACCUUGUCACUUUUAACUCUUAUACAUUGCGAGAUUCCUCGUAUUAUUGUCGUAGACUUUUAAACGAACACUUUUUCCUUUCAUUUUAUCUCGAAGUUGACCCACGCGUCUAUCUUCCUCCUUUUCGACUUGAUAUGUAUAUUUUUUUAACGUUAGCUCUUUUAAUCGUAAUUAUUAAUUUUCUUUACUCGUAUAAUCCAUUAUUCCGUGAUAUUAAUCGCGUCUACGGCAGGAUCUGUUAGUCAAGCCUUACCAAAGAGUCCAACUGACAGAUCCGGGAGGAAACGCAGUAAUAUUACUCUCAUUGUAAGUACCAAAAACCCAUUACAUUCUAUCGAUAUCACUUUAAAUACAAUUUAACACCGAGACGUUUAUUAUAUAUAAUUUUUAAGACGGUACACGUAAGUCGCGUUGUAUAAAAUAUCGGCUAGCGAAGAAAAUGUCGUUUUUAAGUUUCUUGUGUCGCAUCACCCGCUUUCCGGAGCGAAGAAUCGCGCCUACCAUUACCAAACUAUUGCAGGUCAUUCACUUGAUCUCUACCAUUGUAGUAUAAUAAUUAAUGAUAUGUAAUAUUCUUAUACUAAUUUUUAUUAGCCAAUUGAAACGAGCAAAGCUAUGAGAGACUAUGAAAAAUAGAGGAAAAGCGACAGGAAGAAAAAAAAAAAGAUUUUUUUAUAACGAUAUUUCAUUAACAAUUGUACCGAUAAAAAAAAAGAAUGAUAUUGAAACCGAUAUUGAUAUUACUAUAAUUGUGCUUACGAUUAUUAUUACUAUUAUUAUUAUUAUUAUUAUUAAUACUAUUACUAUUAUUAAUUAGUUAUCUAUUGCAGAUGAUAAUUUAUCUCCGCUAUCGCGAAUGUUAUAAGUUAUAUUUAAAAUACGGUUUUUAACUUGCAAAUUAUCGGGGGCUGUACCGUAAACGCGCUUCAAUUACGCGCAUGGCGGACCAAAGACGAGGCCUCUCGAAAUAUAAACGUUUUAAAUAUACGUGGGCUCAAGCAGCAUAUUCGUACACAGCUGCGCAACUCGUAUGCGACAGAGGAAAAAUCCGUACGCCCAAAAAGUUCGAAACGGUCGGGUCGUGCCACCAAAUAGAUCCCGCGCGAAUACUGUAUCUCGCUUCCUUUCUCGAAACGCCAAAACGUUACGUGAUCGACUGAAUUUUCUUUUUUAUUUUUUAACUCGUCCUUCGUCGAACCUUCUUCAGCAAAUUUUGUCCGAUUCUUUCCGUAGAAUUCCAAUUCGCAACAGCAAUCUAAGAACAACUGAAGAUGAAAAUCGUUAUCGUCGCUACCACGGUCUGUUAUUUAUCAACGAUUCAGCGGUCGCGAUCUAGCAUUUAUUCUUCUCCCUUAUACUCUUUUUUAUAAUGCCGCGAUAUCAAGCUUGCCAACGUUUCCAAAAGCUGAGUGCGUUUUCUAUUGUCCUUGUCUUUCCAUAUUUCAUAAAAACGAGAAAAAGCGUCAUUGCACAUACCGUUCAACGCCAGGGCAGCUGUACUAGAGAAGCUGGAGGUAUUGUCCCUGGAUGAGAUUCAAUUUCGAUGGUUAGAAGUUUCAAGAAAAAAAGGCUGAUUCUUUAGUGAAGAAUGCAUUUUGUGAUCGCAAGGAUAGAUUUCUUAUCGUGAAUAUCGGGUGCAAUCUUUAUAGCUUCGCGCAGUAGUUGCGAAGAGGGACAUAACGAUUUUAAGCAGAGGUGGGCAGAAUUUUAUUCCAAUAUUGAUUUAUUCGUGACGUUUUUUUAUUGGACAGCUACUCGAGUAAGCUUUCAUUCGUUCAAAGUGGAAUGUGUAUUUACAUUCGUAUCAAGUGUAAUUAAAAUUGUUAUUUUUGCAGGAGAGUGCGCAUGUAGGUAGUUCUAAAGUGGCACAAUUCAAAAAAGAAAAAAAAAACAAACAACAAUGAAGUAAUUUUUUUUAAUCUUUCUCAUUAUUGAAUAUUAUUCUCGAUAGCAAAUCAUGUCACCCUGGCGUGGCCUGAAACGUAUCUUAUUGAUAGAAUUAACAUCUGAUCGUUUCUUUUAAUAAUUGUUUUGACAAACAAUCGACUCCUUGGUUGACAAAUGCCUCUUUGCCUUCCCUGAAGUGCUUCUUCGAGUUGCGCCACUCUAGAAAUACAAAUGCAAAAUUUAUCUCCGCGCGAAACAUAAAUAUCUGAAUAAUAAUUUUGGCCAUCGCUGAUUUGAAAGCUAAACGGGCAUGCCAGACAGAAGGAACGUUUUUAUGGGUGACGAAAGAAAAGGAGGAGGCGUGUGUCUGCCGAAAUCGCAGAAAUACGAGUUUGCGGGUCGUGUGGAAAUGUACAAUAGUCGCAAUGUGAUUGUAAAAGAGGAUAGUGCGAGAGAUCAUAUGUGAGAGAGGCGAGAAAGCGGGCCUGGGGAGGUGAUCUGUAAGGACAUAGAGCGAAGACGGGCGUGCAAGGAAUAAAAGAGAGAGUGUUCAAUCUCUGUACAUAUGUCGAUAUUGCUCGCGUACGUAUGCACACGUGUGCGUACGUAUGCGCCAAUCAUCGCGAACGAUAAUUGUAUAACCAUACAAAAAAAAAAAAAAUGGUAAAAGCGAAUACAAAAGAAAGGAAAAGAAAAAAAAUACUUGUUUUUAUAUCAGAUCUGUAUUAUAGCGAAAUAUUAUUCUGUAUUUUGUAAUCGGGACGGAAGUUACGAAGGAUGACGAACGAAUGCCUGUACGUGCGUGUAAUCGAGCACUUAACUUUUUAAGGUGACGACUUUUAAACGACGAUCCAAGCGUGGAUCCGGGACGGAUCGUUCGAUGUAGAUUAUUUAAGAAGUUUCGAAGAUUCUUGCAUAUAGAUGCAACACGAGGAUUCCAUUUGGUCCCAUUCGUAAUCGCUCGUCCUAUCAUCGUUAUGAUUAUUUAGCUCGUGGUUUUCCUCCUCGUGGGCCACGAAUGUGAUUUACUGCCAUUCGUAAUAGCGCAUAGCGAGAGAAAAAAAAAUAUAACGAGUAAUCGAAAGCGUCUUUUUAAAACGAGAAAAAGAAAACCAAAGGGUUUCGUAUUAUAGAUUUAUCGUUACUAGCAUCAGAGUUAACGACGUACGGACAUCAGUAUUAUAUAACAUUCAGUGGUAAACGAUACGUUCGAUAGUGGAUCUUGCGAAAAAAAAAAUCGAGUACCAACGGGUGGUACAUAGAUAUUUAAAGAAGAAAAAAAAAAAGAGAGAAUUGUUAACACGAUCAAAUUUUGCUUCCGAGCCACUGUCACGUUGAACAGCCAUCGUAAGUGAUAGAUCUUACUCGGAACGAGUUGGUCGACGUUUCAGAUAUCGUUCGUAAUGAAUUAUCCUUGCUUCCAUUUCACUGCCAUAAAGAAAACGAUUCAAACCGACUGAAUAUACGAUCAAAGUAAACAACAGUACGCGUUCUUGCAACAAGAACGGAGGGAUGAAAUAAAGGGAAAUUAGCGGCGUUGUUUAUAAAAAUAAAGAAAAGCCUAAGACAAGCGUGGAAUGGGACCAAGUUGUAGUAUCUAGUUAACGAAGACGUCGCUUAUCCGUAUGAGAAGCAUAACGAUUAAAAAACAAAAGUACGUUCUCCUUCAUCAUUUGUCCCCCCAAACCCCGAGAAGUCUCUACUACAUAUGCUUAAGCUUAUUCGUUUCUGCGCCGUCUGGAUUAAGAUCGUGUUCUGUGUAAUUAUUAUUCCGUGAUCGGGCGGUUUCGCUGCACUUUUUUUGUGAUAAACGUACUCUCGGAAGGCGCGAGCAGACACCGCGAUUAGGUAAUUGUGAAAAAAGAAAUUCAGUUUGCUCGCUGAAAUCAGUGUACCUAUCUUAAUCCAGACCUUUGCGUCACUGUGACGCGAUACACACUACUUUAUCACUUGUACAUAAUGUUAGUGAGGAAGAAACAAAAAAAAAGAAAUCGAAAAUUAUAUUUUUUCUAUCGAUCCAAAAAUGUGGUGACCUAUCAACAUCGUGCAUCUGAGAUUAGUUUUCUCAUCUUUGUAUCGGUUCUCUUACCUGUUCCGAUUUUACUUUGCGAUAUAUCAGUCGUCUAGUUUCACCAACACACCGUACAUUCUACACAAAGAAUUCCUUGAAUGUGUCACAGAAUCACCGAUUUACUUUUUUUUUUUUUCUUUACAUUCGACGUGCCGUAGCGUUACGUUCUCUCAUUCAUUCAGUCUCAAUGCUACACGUUUUCAGUUCGAACUUUUUAUAUAAAAAUCUUAUUGAGCAUGAUACUGACCAAUCGCCUGAACGUAGCUUCAGACCACCACUCUCUCUUUUUCUCAAAUGUUUAGAACGCGGCGAGUGUUUUAAGAAUAUUAUAAAUAAAAAGGAAUAUGAUUGUGAAUCUCUUGUGUUAUGUUAAUGUGAUUAAAGAGAAAAAACAAAAACAUUGUAAAGAAGUAAAUAAAGCAUACAUUUUACAUUUA